GCCACGCCCACAGGGGGCUUGAAAAGGUACCGGCGCUCCCUGCGUCCCGGCUCCCGGAGUCACGCCGCGCUCUCUCCGACUGCUUCUCGCUAGUUCCGCCCGCGGUGCGUGGUCCUGCUUGCGACUCGAGUGAGUAGGGAGGAUGCCCGUCUGGGGAGGUGGCAACAAGUGCGGGGCGUGUGGGAGGACCGUGUACCACGCCGAGGAGGUGCAGUGCGAUGGCCGGAGCUUCCACCGCUGCUGCUUCCUGUGCAUGGUUUGCAGGAAAAAUUUAGAUAGUACAACAGUGGCAAUUCACGAUGACGAGAUCUACUGCAAAUCCUGCUAUGGAAAGAAGUAUGGGCCGAAAGGCUACGGGUACGGCCAGGGCGCGGGCACACUCAACAUGGACAGGGGCGAGAGGCUGGGCAUCAAGCCCGAGAGCGUUCAACCUCACAGGCCUACGACAAAUCCAAACACUUCUAAAUUUGCUCAGAAAUACGGAGGUGCUGAGAAGUGUUCCAGAUGUGGGGAUUCUGUGUACGCUGCCGAGAAGAUCAUUGGAGCUGGAAAGCCCUGGCACAAAAACUGCUUCCGAUGUGCCAAGUGUGGGAAGAGUCUUGAGUCAACAACUCUGACUGAGAAAGAAGGUGAAAUCUAUUGUAAAGGAUGCUAUGCGAAAAACUUUGGGCCCAAGGGAUUUGGCUAUGGCCAAGGAGCAGGAGCCCUUGUUCAUGCUCAGUAGAGGUGCAAACCCAGAACCAACAUCACACACUGAGAAGCUCUACAUAAUCUAGGCACAGAUAAUCUAACACUAAACUACUGUGAAAUUCUACCAGUACUUAAGUACUGUAUGUUGCCCUGUACUUGGAUAGGCCAGCUGACUAGUAGGAAGAGAGCACUAUAUCUUUUCGCUUUAUUCAUCAGCAUUUCAAGAACCAUUUCUUUUACAUUUUAAAUAAAACUUCAGCUUAAUUUA